AACCCAAAUCAACGCCAGGCAGAAGACAGCCGUCCACCACUACACCCGAAGAUCACGAUCUCUACGUCUACUACAUUGACAAGUUCGGAAAGAGAAGGAGACGACCUCGACGACAUACAAAACCAUCACACAAACGAACCAGAUCGACGUCACCAAAAC